UUUCAGACAAGAUGGUGGCGUUCGCGGUCAUCAUCUCCGUGAUGAUGGUUGUGACUGGAUCACUGAAUACCAUUUGUGCUAAAUGGGCAGACAGCAUCAAGGCGGACGGUGUUCCAUUCAAUCACCCGUUCCUUCAGGCGACAUGCAUGUUCUUUGGAGAGUUCUUGUGUCUCGUCGUGUUCUUCCUUAUUUUCGGAUACAAACGAUACGUAUGGAAUCGGGCGAAUGUUCAAGGCGAAAGCGGAAGCGUCACUGAAAUAACAUCCGAAGAGAAACCUACGUUGCCACCAUUCAAUCCUUUCCUUUUCUUCCCUCCGGCUCUUUGCGAUAUUCUGGGAACAUCGAUUAUGUACAUUGGACUCAACUUGACUACCGCUUCCAGUUUUCAAAUGCUCCGUGGAGCUGUAAUCAUUUUCACCGGACUUCUUUCCGUCGGAAUGCUCAAUGCUCAAAUCAAGCCAUUCAAAUGGUUUGGAAUGCUCUUCGUCAUGCUUGGACUCGUCAUUGUUGGCGUUACUGAUAUCUACUACGACGACGAUCCACUUGACGACAAGAAUGCCAUUAUUACUGGAAACCUUCUCAUCGUGAUGGCUCAGAUUAUUGUUGCCAUCCAAAUGGUCUACGAACAGAAAUAUCUCACAAAAUACGACGUCCCGGCUUUGUUUGCUGUUGGAUUGGAAGGAUUGUUCGGAAUGGUCACCUUAUCUAUUUUGAUGAUUCCAUUCUACUACAUCCACGUGCCAAGGACAUUCUCUACUAAUCCAGAAGGAAGAUUGGAAGACGUAUUUUACGCAUGGAAAGAAAUCACAGAGGAACCAACAAUCGCACUUGCUCUCUCCGGAACCGUUGUUUCAAUUGCUUUCUUCAAUUUCGCAGGAGUCUCUGUCACAAAAGAAUUAUCCGCUACCACCAGAAUGGUUCUUGAUUCAGUUCGCACACUUGUGAUUUGGGUUGUAUCAAUUCCUCUUUUCCACGAGAAAUUCAUUGCUAUCCAGCUCUCUGGAUUCGCCAUGCUCAUUCUUGGAACUCUUAUUUACAACGACAUACUCAUCGGCCCAUGGUUCCGCCGGAACAUUCUUCCAAAUCUCAGCUCCCACGCUAACUGUGCUCGUUGCUGGUUAUGCAUCUGUGGUGGUGACUCAGAACUCAUUGAAUACGAACAAGAGGAUCAAGAACACCUUAUGGAGGCAUAAAGCCUUUUCCUCUGUUUGUUUAUCAUUUCUUCAUCUUUCUUUACUUGUGUAUGUAUAACAGAGAACACGUGGAUUUCACAUUUUGACUGAACAAAACAACGGCAUGUGCUACCUUUUUUUCCUCUUUAUUUUUCUUAAGUUGCCACAAGCCCCUUCCCGACCCACAAAAUUUUUCUCCUAAAUUAUUUUAUUUUGUUUUCAUUCUCUCAUUUUAUUCCACGAAACCUUACAAAUUUCCAAUCUGUGCUACGAGUCUCUUCUUGCUGUUCCCUUAAUAUCACCAGUGGUCCCUUCUCGCGAAAUGUUUGAAUACUGUAUUUUUCCCAAAUAAAUAUGUGAUUAAUAUUCAU